AUGGAGGCCUGGUGCACCGCGUUCGACGCCUGCAGCGACCACGUGUUGUAUACCGGCGCGGACGACUGCAAACUCAAGGCGUGGGACUUGCGGGCGGGGACGGGAAUGGCGGCGUGGGUGAGUGUGGGGUCGCAUGGCGCGGGGGUGUGUACUGUGCAGCCGAGCGUCCACCGGGAGCACGUGAUUUUCACGGGCAGCUACGACCAGCAUCUCCGGGUGUGGGAUGUGCGCGCGCCGGGGCAGCCCGUGCUUGCCGCGGCGCUUGACACAGGGGGGGGGGUGUGGCGGUUGAAAGAGCACCCCGAGUCAGGCGACGUGGCGCUGACGGCGUCGAUGCACGGCGGGUUCUGCUGCGUGCGUGGGCUCAGCGGGACCGCUCCGGCGGUGGCGUGCGUGUACGAGCAGGGCGCCACGUGCCCCGAUGCCAUGCCAGAUCAGCCCGCGCUGGCGUACGGGUGCGACUGGUACCGUGGGGGGGUCGGGGGAGUGGGGACGGACGAGGACGGGUGGCUGGUGGCGACAGCGAGCUUCUACGACCAGGAGAUGCGAAUAUGGAGCGCUCCAUGGAAGUGA